UAGUAAAGCCAUGGCUGCUUACAUAAAACAGCUUCUACUGAUUGCUGUUGUUGCUGUUCUUUAUACAAAAGCAUCAACUCAACCGAUGUCACUACCAAACUGCCCAUCAAAGUGUGGUUCUGUUACCAUUCCCUACCCAUUUGGAACCACCAAAGAUUGUUCCCUAGACAACACCUUUCUCAUUGAUUGCAACCAAACAUCUUCAACCUCAUACGCACCAUUCUUGCCACAGAGUAAUCAAAGUGUUCUAAACAUUGCACUCGAUGGUGAACUGCGUGUUUCAUGGCCAAUAGCCAGUGAUUGCUACGCUGAAAAGGGUGAAUUUGCAAAUGAAACAGCUCAGGGUAUCAGCAUGACAAAUUUUCAUAUUUCACCAACUGGAAACAAGUUGAUAGCAGUUGGUUGUGACACGAUGGGAUUAUUCUUAGCAAAUGAUUCU